AUGCCGAAUGUUUUGGAAACACGUCUUGACAUUAAAUUGUUGAUGAGCUAUAAUCUCAUGAACGACCAUAUGAUCGCAAAUCUUGUCAAUGAACGAAAAACGUUUAUCCGGAAAACCGCAACCAAAGAGAUUACCAAAGAAGAGUGUCUGAAACUACUCGCACUCGAAUUGAACGUAAUGGCCAUUUGCAGUUCAGCAAUCGAUAAAUAUCACAUUCCCAGAUCAUGGUUCAUUGAUGAGAGCGUCGGUAUCAUGAAACUGUUGUGCAAUCGAAUUGAUCACUUGUACUUCAGUAUGUUUCAAAUGUUUUCUAUUGGAUGUGUGUUAUUGGUAGAGUACAUGGAAUUUCAAUCGAAAUACAAAAAGUUUAUAACCAAUGAAAUCCAUCCGCUAAUCGUAUUAAUGUCGAAAAAAAAAUGCGAACCUCAAAUGUAUAUAGCUGCAGCUACGUUUGAAUAUGAAAAACAAAAUAUCCAGAUGGCUAGGCGAUACUUUGAAGAAGGAAUUAUAAAACACAUAAAUAAUAAAACUCUUUAUUUAGAACAAUUGUGGAUUGAAGUGAUGUACUUGGGUGAUGUAGGAGGCGGUCAUUUGAAUGAAAUGAAAGCAAUUCAAAUUUAUAAAAAUACAAUAAAACAUUUCGAAAAUGACAUGGAAUUUCAUAUCUUAUUGUUGGACAGAUCUAUAGAAGUAAAACCCUUAUGGAGACUACAACACGAAAUUGUCUGUGAUUUGAUGGAGAUAUACAAACUAAGUGAUGUUAUGUGGCAUAAAGUUGCUACAUUGUGCGCCGACGGAUUCAUCUUCGACCAAAAUAAUAAUAGCUUCUUCGGAUACGUCAAAGACUUCCAAAAAAGAGCGAGGUGUUGUAUUCUAACAUACAAUGAAGGAUUGAAAAAUGUAUUAAACGUCACAAGAAAACGCAACUUGAUGAAAUUGCUUACUGAAUAUAUAAUAAAACUUUGGAAAUGUAAUAACGGUAUUAGAAAUUCGGAAAUCAAUACUCUCGUGAAAAGGGAAAUGAAAAAGGCAUUCCAGGUGGGCCACUUUCACCUUGGAGGUCUACACAAACCAGAAUAUUACGUUUAUUGGGCGGUACUUUGUCAAGAUAAUCGUCCUGAAAUUUUACAAUUGGCGAUCGAUUACAACAAAGAAAACGUUCGCGUGUGGGCUGAAGUAUUAGAAUACUAUGUCAUACAUUUCGAGAGUUAUACAACAUUAAAAAAGAUUUUUGACGUCGGCUAUCAGGCAUUGGGAAACAAGUCAUUACUGUUAUGGGAAAUUACGGAUUCAGUUUUACAACAGUACUGCGACGUCACACUGCUCGGGAAGUUUUAUGAAGAGGGCGCCAAGAGUCCCUACCCAGAGAUCAGCAAUGUGUACAAAGUCGACUACCUUGAAUGGAUCCACAUGUACGAUGGCAUAUCCUCUGCUCGAAAACUGUUCGACCAAUUGAAAAACUUAGAACCGCAGAACAAAAAGCUGUACACGGACAUGAUCGAGUACGAGAAACUGCAACAACCGAUCAACGUCAGCAACAUAAGAAACCUGUACAACGUCGCGUGCUCGAAAUUUUGCCGCCAAGGCACUGAAGUCACUUUAUGGUCAAAAUGCAUUGAGUUCGAGUUAACAUACAUUGGGAGAGCCACCGCCGAAAAAAUCUAUAAGAUGGCGUUGCAGAUUGUCAAGCCACACUUGAGGACUGAUUUGAAACGCAAUUACAAGACAAUAAAUGAAAUUCACAGCAAACGCACCGUUACUAUCGACCCAGUUGUUAUUGAAAUUUCAGACGAUGAUGAAUAGGCACCAGAAUCUAGGAAAACAACGAC